UUAUUUUUGAGACAGAGAGAGACAGAGCAUGAAUGGGGGAGGGUCACAGAGAGAGGGAGACACAGAAUCUGAAACAGGCUCCAGGCUCUGAGCUGUCAGCACAGAGCCCGACGCAGGGCUCGAACCCACGGACCGUGAGAUCAUGACCUGAGCCGAAGUCGGACGCUUAACCGACCGAGCCACCCAGGCGCCCCCAAGACCUGUCUUGACAUCAUGGCUGCCAUAGCACCUCCCCACUGCUUUCCUCCACAGGCCAGAAGACACACGUUUGUGGUCAUUCCGACAGCCUGUGGAAGUGACCUAAGCCCGUGCAAAAUGGAAACCGGAAAAGAGAGAAAAAUGUCUUCAGAUAACCAGUGGUCAGCAGAUGGGGAGGAAAGCCCACUCUCACGACUGAUUAGGAAAUCCAGAGACUCCCCCUUUGUCCCCGUAGGAAUAGCAGGCUUUAUGACUGUGGUGUCCUAUGGUCUUUACACGUUAAAGUACAGAAGGGAUCAGAAAAUGUCCAUUCAUCUUAUUCACAUGAGAGUUGCUGCCCAAGGAUGUGUUGUAGGAGCUGUGACUCUAGGUGUUCUCUAUUCUAUGUAUAAGGAUUACAUUAGACCUCGAUUCUUCAAUGUGUCCAAAAAAUGAAGCUACAUACAUACAAGACAAGAAGGCUUCUGAAAACUAUUUAUUCUGAAGAAUAAAUUUUCAGUAUGUAGUAAAUUAUACUGCAAAAGUAUGAGACAGGAUUCGCAUAGCCUUGUAUAGCAAGUCUCAAUUGUUUAUGUUGAUUUUCAAAUCAAGAGUCAUAGUCAACUCAAAAAUAUCCUUGUUGUCUUUCAGAACCUAGGACAUGAUUUUCUGACUUUUAGAAUUUUUAUUUUCUAGUUAGUGGCAAAAAAUAAUCUAUAUUACAUCAAACCAAUCUGAAAAUUAGGAGUUAGUUAUAUAAUGGCUACAGAAAAAUUAUCUAUACCUGUAUUAAAUGUGACGGUCUAGCCUGGGUGGCUCAGU